GCCAAUUACAUUGUUUCCUGUGCUGUUUGGAUUGAUUCCUGUUGGAGAUAUUGUUUCUUGUAAAGAUUCAUUUACACAGAUAGGAAAAUGAGUCCUAAACAGGAAGCUUUGCAUACGCUUAAAGGAGGCUAUGCGAAGGCUGUACUCGAUAGUAUUGUUGCUCUCAAGGAGAGGAAUGGUUCUUCCCCACAGGCCAUCAUGAAAUAUAUCAAGGCGCAUAAUCCACAACUUUCUGAACACAAGCUAAAACUUCAGGUAAAACUAGCGUUACGACGUUUAUUAAAACAGAAUCUCGUGGAAAAGGUGAAAGCUUCAUACAAGGUCAUCGACAAAAACCAUAGCGUUAAAAGAAAAACGAAAGAAGCGAAACCUAAGCGAGUUGCGAAAACUGUCCAAAAGAAAAAUGCGAGCCAAACCAAAACGAGAACUACGAAAGCCAAAGUUCCUAAUGAGAAAAAAGAGAAAGCUGUGGAACCCCCAAAGGCACCUCUUAAGAGCGAGACUACAGAGACCAAAUCCUUGAGGCACGGUAGCAGUUCAGAAGGAAAGAAAUCCACUAAAAUACCUAGGAAAACUGAAAGAAGAGCUGUCCCAAAAACCACCACUUCUUCAAGUGUGGAGAAAACGAUAACCAAAAAGAAUACGACUUCGUCCAAUAAAGGGAAGUUAGGAAGAGCAGCUGAUACGAACAAGUCCAAACCCAAUCAGAAAGUGGCAGUUUCAAAGAGCAAAACGUCGGUCACAGCGAGCUCCAAGAAGAGCACACGUGGUACACGCAAAGCAUAGCCUAAUGGAAUGUUUGAUACUUUUGGAUAAUAUGAUGUUUGUGUGAAUAUAAAGGAAUUAAAGCGAAAUUGAAUAAUAUUUGCUAGAUUUGCCUAUAAUUGUUGAAUAAAUAUUUUUGUACGCUAUUUCUAUUUGUAUUGAUUU